AUGAAACCUGAGAUUCGUCCCGAGUUGGCCGAUGACCAGGCUUUGGCCCGGUUGGGCAAAAAGCAGGUCCUGAAGCGUCGAUUCGGCUUCUAUUCCAUCGUCGGCUUUGCCAUGGCUGAGCUGAUCACAUGGGAAACUGUUCUCACGCUGUUUUAUGAAUCUUACGAAAACGGCGGUUCUGCCGGUGCCUUUUAUGGUUAUAUCAUCGCCUGUUUAUCAACAUUGUCAACCUAUACUGUCAUUGCCGAGUUGGCUUCCAUGGCGCCUAUUGCCGGUGGACAAUACUACUGGGUUUAUAUGCUGGCCCCGAUGCGGUGGAAGAAAGUUUGCUCCUACCUGAUCGGAUGGUUAACUUCCAUGGCAUGGAUUGCGACAGUUGCAACUGAGACCAUUUUUCUGGGUACCAUGAUUGAGGGUUUGGUCACCCUAAACAACCCGGAAUUUGUCCAACAGCGAUGGCAAAACACGCUUUUGGCGUGGGCUAGCGUGGCUUGUACAUUCUUCAUCAACGUUGUGAUUCCAAGCAUCCUACCUCGAUUCGAAAUUGUGAUCCUCGUCUUGCACUUGGCGGGUUUCAUCGGCAUCACAGCUACUCUGCUCGCAUUGUCGCCCAAGAAGUCGGCUCACUUUGUCUUUCAGACGUCACUGAACGAAGGUGGCUGGCCUACACAAGGAAUCUCCUAUUGUGUUGGCUUUAUCGGAAACAUUGCAACCUUUGUCGGUGCUGAUGCUAGUGUUCACAUGGCAGAAGAAGUCGCCAAUGCUGCGACCGUCAUUCCCCAGGCGAUCAUCACCGGGAUGACGCUAAACAGUCUUCUCGGUUUCUCUAUGAUGCUCACAAUUUUAUUCUGCCUGGGUGACGUCAAGUCGGUACUGGAAUCAGCAACAGGCUUCCCUUUCAUCCAACUCUUCUACAACAGCACAAACUCUUACGCAGGGGCGUCGGUCAUGACUGCGCUUAUCAUGGUACUAACGAUGGCAUGCUCUAUCGGUAUCACAGCCACCGCAUCUCGUAUGACCUGGUCCUUUGCCCGUGACCAGGGAUUCCCCUUCUCCUACUACUUGAAGAAGGUGAAUAAGCGCACCCAAAUCCCCAUCGUAUCUGUCUCUGUAGUCUGCGGAUUGGCCUGUGCCCUGACCCUCAUCUACAUCGGAUCCACAACUGCCUUCAACGACGUCAUUUCCUUGACUGUCACCGGAUUUUACUGUACAUACUUCCUCCCCAGCGCCUUUCUUCUCUACCACCGGAUCAAAGGAAAUGUCCUUCCCCAUGGCACCAUGCUCGAUGGAAGUCACCCUGAUGCAGCCACUAGCGCCCCUGUCAGUACCAAGGAAAAGCCUACCACCCUUGUGCACCAAGAACCCGGUGAGGAUCUCCCCUCAGGCUCCGAACGCAACACUGAGAAUGAAGUCAAACGCCCUAUGGAGUAUGAAAUUGCCCAAGCACCUCUCAUCUGGGGCCCGUGGAAAGUCCCCGGCAUUCUAGGCACUAUUAACAACGCAUAUGCUUGUGUGUACAUGCUCUUUGUCGUUUUCUGGAGCGUGUGGCCCCCGCAGACCCCAGUCAACUACACGACCAUGAACUACAGUAUCGUGGUCACCGCUGGCGUUUUGAUUCUUAGUGGCAUCUGGUACCUUGUUCGUGCUCGGAAGGAUUACAAAGGUCCGCUUAUUGAUGAGGAGGUUGCUGAAAUCAUGCACCUGACACCGGGAGCGGUGCGAUCGAACUGA